UUCUGGAUAACACUUUUAUCACGCCUUAUGACCCCGAUAAGACCUCCCAAAUAUCUUCCUUACUUUUAUUGCAUUUGUUUGCUUCCUAAAUUCUUACACUGAUCAUCUAUUCUUGAAUUUGCUUUUUUCUUGAACAACCUUGUUCUUGUUUUUUUCUACAGAAUCAUGGAUAACCAUCACCAUCUUCACUCUUUCCCUUGUUUGAAUUGCCAACCUCACACCUACAUUAGAAUGGUUCAGAAUAUGAUAGAGAGGUGCUUGCUAUUCCGUAUGGACAGAGAUGAAUGUGUGAAGGCGUUGGCUGAGCAUGCUCGUAUUCGACCUCUUGUAACUCUCACAGUGUGGAAAGAGCUGCUGAAAGAGAACAAGGACUUUUUCCAAGCAUACUUCCAAUCUCUAUCUCUUAGGCCAUACUCAAAUACAGAUAUGUUCAAAGGGCACCAAGAUUUGGAAGAAGAAACCAGUGCAAAUACAUAACUAUAAGAAGAUGAAAGAAUUCUAUAAGGGAAUACAUGUAGCAGCAUUGGAGUGCUGCAUUAGUUAGAACCUCCUAAAUCCAUAAUUAUCUUAUCCCCAAUACUUUUACAGUACUGUUUUUUUGGAUGAAUCAAACUUGCACUAUAGUUAUUAUUUUGUUUGAUAUUGUUGUAUCAAGAAGUGUGUGUGAAAAAAAAAUAUCUUAUGAAAGCAAUUACUAGUAGUUAUUAA